AUGUCAAAGAAGGUGGCAGCGAAAGAUGUCAUAGUCAAGCUCAUUGUCGGCGCAGGCCAAGCUAGCCCCAGUCCUCCUGUCGGCCCAGCUCUUGGUAGUAAAGGCGUGAAGAGCAUGGACUUUUGCAAAGAGUUCAAUGCAAGAACUGCGCACAUUGAGAACGGCACGCCCAUACCUGCCAGAGUCACGGUUCGGCCUGAUAGAUCAUUUUCAUUUGAACUUCGGACGCCAAACACAUCGUGGCUGUUACUGAAAGCUGCUGGCGUUGCCGAGACCAAGGGCAAGCUCAAAGGAGCCGGCAAACCAGGGACAGAAACAGUCGGAUCGGUGAACCUCAAGCAGGUCUAUGAAAUCGCAAAGAUCAAGCAGUCGGAGACCCGACUAUCAGGCUUGAGCCUUGAAGGGCUCUGCAAAAGCGUUAUUGCGCAGGCGAAGACGAUAGGGGUGAAUGUGGUUCCUUGA